UGACAUCACCCACUGAAGCUUCUUACCAGCCUGGACAGCCAAGAGGGUCCCGCUGUGGCCAGGGAUGAUGGCGGGGGCAUGAACCCAAUGGAACAGCCAGGAACCGCAGCCAGCCCCGUUCCCCGCAGCAUGUUCAGCUGGGUCAGCAAGGAUGCCCGCCGCAAGAAGGAGCCGGAGCUCUUCCAGACAGUUGCGGAGGGGCUGCGGCAGCUGUACGCACAGAAGCUGCUGCCCCUGGAAGAGCACUACCGCUUCCACGAGUUCCACUCGCCCGCGCUGGAGGAUGCUGACUUCGACAACAAGCCCAUGGUGCUCCUCGUGGGCCAGUACAGCACGGGCAAGACCACCUUCAUCCGGCACUUGAUCGAGCAGGACUUCCCGGGGAUGCGCAUCGGGCCCGAGCCCACCACCGACUCUUUUAUCGCGGUCAUGCACGGCCCCACCGAGGGCGUGGUGCCCGGCAACGCGCUCGUCGUUGACCCACGGCGCCCCUUCCGCAAGCUCAACGCCUUCGGCAACGCCUUCCUCAACAGGUUCAUGUGUGCCCAGCUGCCCAACCCGGUCCUGGACAGCAUCAGCAUCAUUGACACUCCCGGGAUCCUGUCCGGAGAGAAGCAGCGAAUCAGCAGAGGUUACGACUUCGCUGCGGUCCUGGAGUGGUUCGCCGAGCGGGUGGACCGCAUCAUCCUGCUCUUCGAUGCCCACAAGCUGGACAUCUCCGACGAGUUCUCUGAGGUCAUCAAGGCCCUCAAGAACCACGAGGACAAGAUCCGCGUGGUSCUGAACAAGGCCGACCAGAUCGAGACGCAGCAGCUGAUGCGGGUGUACGGGGCCCUCAUGUGGUCCCUGGGCAAGAUCAUCAACACCCCCGAGGUGGUCCGCGUCUACAUUGGUUCUUUCUGGUCCCACCCGCUGCUCAUCCCCGACAACCGAAAGCUCUUCGAGGCCGAGGAGCAGGACCUCUUCAAAGACAUCCAGUCUCUGCCCCGAAACGCUGCCCUCAGGAAGCUCAAUGACCUGAUCAAGCGGGCCAGGCUGGCCAAGGUCCAUGCCUACAUCAUCAGCUCCCUCAAGAAGGAGAUGCCCAACGUCUUUGGUAAAGAGAGCAAGAAGAAGGAACUGGUGAACAACCUGGGUGAGAUCUACCAGAAGAUUGAGCGGGAGCAUCAGAUCUCCCCCGGAGACUUCCCGAGCCUCCGCAAGAUGCAGGAACUACUGCAGACCCAGGACUUCAGCAAGUUCCAGGCCUUGAAGCCCAAGCUGCUGGACACAGUGGACGACAUGCUUGCCAACGACAUCGCUCGACUGAUGGUGAUGGUGCGCCAGGAAGAGUCCCUGAUGCCCUCCCAGGCCGUGAAGGGCGGCGCCUUCGAUGGCACCAUGAACGGGCCGUUUGGGCACGGCUAUGGCGAGGGGGCCGGUGAGGGCAUCGACGACGUUGAGUGGGUAGUGGGCAAGGACAAGCCCACCUACGAUGAGAUCUUCUACACACUGUCACCUGUCAAUGGCAAGAUCACAGGAGCCAACGCCAAGAAGGAGAUGGUGAAGUCCAAGCUGCCCAACACGGUGCUGGGGAAGAUCUGGAAGCUGGCCGACGUGGACAAGGACGGGCUGCUGGACGACGAGGAGUUCGCCCUGGCCAACCACCUCAUCAAGGUCAAGCUGGAGGGCCACGAGCUGCCCGCCGACCUGCCCCCGCACCUCGUCCCGCCCUCCAAGCGCAGGCAUGAGUGACCGCCCCGGCCAUGCAGGGCCACCCGGAUGUCCUGCCCACCCUCUGUGCCUGCCCAGGUGGGCGGGGCCUGGGAGGCAGAGAUUGGGGGAGGGGAAGGGUCACCACCUUUCAAGGUCCAUAAAGACUGAGCGGUGUUUCCUCAGUUCUCAAACAGGAAGACCACCAUCUUUCUUUAAGGCUGUUCCUGGGCCCGUUGGGGGAGGCGGGGUGACGCUCGGAUGUGAAUGAUGGAAUUUUGUGCACAAGAACUAUGGAUAUUUUUAAUAUAUAACRUUAGAGGCAGCCUUCUUUCUUGCCUCCUCCUCUGUCCGACAGCCCAUGCACACACACCCUCUCUUCCGUCCCAGCCUUUACUCUUGCCCUGGCUAGCCGCCAUGGCAACUGACCCCAGGGUGCUGGGCCACCUGGCCCGCCUCAGCUCAUGGUCUGGCAGCUGCCACCAGGGGCCGCCGAAUAGACAGGAGCCCCAGUUCCCUGUGUUUCCAGACUGGGGAUGGCCUCGAGCAGCGGCUCUGCCCCAAGCCCCUGCUCCUGGGGUGAGCCAGUCUAGUGUCUCCCCUCCCGGCCUGGACAGCCUGGGCUCCCGGUGCCCAGGCCCCACCCCUGCCCCUCACACCCCCAAUCCACCAGCCCUACAGUGUGGCGGCCACAGGUGCCAAGCCCAGCCGCUGGCCUGUUGUUUUAGGGGGCUGCAGGGAGGAGUGAGCGCCUUCCAGGAACACGUAAGCUAGGUCUUGUUCUAUAAAGGGACACCUUUCAGACUUGACCAGAUUUUCAAGAAACUUCCACAUAA